CAGGCUGCGAGCUAACAGGCUAAAAUUAGCACUCAGGCUACAGUUUAUUUUUACUUUCUUCUUGCUUCUCAAAAAUGCAACACAGAUGUAACACCAUGCAGCAACACAAACACUGGAGGAAGAAGAAGAAAGAUGCACGUUUUUUUAGCUGGAAAUAAAGACUGUAUUCUGAGUUUUUAUCAGCUAAAGAUGAUCAAUAUCGAGGGCUGAUGUGGAGGCGGAUGUGGGUGGAGAAGAGAUUUCGGGAUGCGAUGUUACUUUAAGUCGGUGGUGUGGACAGUGGUGGGCGUGGCUGUCCUCACCAGCAUUUACAUCUACUGCAGGAGAGUGCAAUUGACAGAGUCCAUGGAGUUGCGGAGAACUCAGUACCAGUACAGCUCUGUGUCCCGAAACUCCAGUAAUGAGUCCUGCUCUCAGGACGUCGUCAAAAACCCAGUGUGUCUCAGCGCCUCGGUCCGCCUGCUCGCAGGAAUCAUCCCAAAGACCCAGGGGUAUCUAACAGUGGGACUAUCGUCUGUAAAGAGAAAGAAAGAGAACUAUCUUAUGACCACUCUACGUUCCAUCUUCACCCAGUCCUCGGAGGACGAGUUGUCCCAGAUGGUGGUCGUUGUCCUCCUGGCAGACUUUGAUGUCAGCUGGGUCCAGGAGACAGUGACCAGCAUCGAAGAGCAGUUCUCCACCAGGCUGAGCCAAGGACAGCUACUAGUCAUCCACGCUGACCAGGACCUGUACCCUCCUCUUACCGGGCUGAAGAGGAACUUCAACGAUGCUCCAGACCGAGUGACCUUCCGGUCCAAGCAGAACGUGGACUACGCCUUCUUGGUUGAUUUUAGCGCUGGUCUUUCCCAGUACUACCUCAUGCUGGAGGAUGACGUGACCUGCUCCAAGGGUUUCCUGACCUCCAUCCGUGGUCACGUCCAGUCACAAGGGUCUUCGCAGUGGGUAACCCUCGAGUUCUCCAAGUUGGGAUACAUCGGCAAACUCUACAACUCCAAAGACCUCUCACGACUUGCACAGUUCCUCUACCUCUUCUACCAGGAGAUGCCUUGCGACUUCCUUUUGUCGCACUUCCGCACUUUACUCAUGCAGGACAAGGUCAUCCGGUUCCGGCCGUCACUCUUCCAGCACAUGGGCUUGUACUCGUCCUUCCGGGGUACACACAACAAGCUCAAGGAUGAGGACUUCCAACACGAUCCCGCUGACAACCCGCCAGCAGACGUUUACACAGACAUUGAAGUUUUUGAGAAACAUGCCCCAGAUAACGCCUACAGCCAAGGGACCAGUUUCUUCUGGGGCAAGUCACCCAUCUACGCCGGGAACUACUUCCUCAUAGCCUUUCACCGGCCGGUCGUCCCAUCCCGUAUCCUAAUCCAGACUGGGCUCGAUGGGAAGGACUUGCUGAAGUCUGCAGACGUUGUGGUUGGAGAGAUAGUGCUAAAGACAGGAAGUGGAGUGGAGUGCACAAAAAAUCAUAGCAUGGGUUCUCUGAAAGAAGGACAGUUUGAACAACUUAAUGUCCAAGAGACGCUGAAACAACCAGUGUUAUGUCUAAAGAUCACAGUCACAGACAAACAGGAGGACUGGGUCAUCGUGAGGAACAUCCAGGUCUGGAUUGAUAAGGAGAAAAAGAAAGACUGAAAGAAGUCAGACUGACUGGGUUUGAAGAAGGCGUAUGUGGUGAAUAAUGGUGCAGAUGAUAAAAAUCUUUCCCAGGAUUUUAUUACUUUAAAGAAAUGUGAGACAUUUUUAUAGGUGUGUUGUUUGCAGGUUGGAGAUUCCAGGCAGUGCAAGCAAUAAACAACUAUUUAUACAGA